AUGAGGUCUCCUUCUCUCGCACGGUUGCAAUACCGUGCCGUCUCUGGCCUGACCAGAUCGCCAGUCCGUCUUCAGUCUCAGAACUUCUUCUCGCAGCGAUGCGCGUCUACGGCCGCCUUCCGUUUACCUACUGCUGCUCCGGCUUAUCAGUCCAUCGUCAACAGACAUCACCAACAAAGGAGAAAUGCUUCUGCCACCGCUGCUGCAGUUCUCGAGGCUGCUGCGGCUACUCCGGAGACCCUGUCUCAGGAUGCUAUCAUCGACAACCUCGACCCUGUUGAGGCAGCACGACUUUCUAAAGUCAGAAACAUUGGUAUUGCGGCCCACAUCGACAGCGGUAAAACCACCUGUACCGAACGAGUUCUCUUUUACACCGGCCGUAUCAAGGCUAUCCACGAAGUCCGCGGCCGAGAUAGUGUCGGUGCUAAGAUGGACUCUAUGGAUCUGGAGCGUGAAAAGGGUAUCACCAUUCAGUCUGCUGCUACCUACUGUGACUGGGUGAAGAAGGACAAGGAGGGCAAGGAUGAGACCUACCAUAUCAACUUGAUCGACACACCGGGUCACAUUGAUUUUACCAUCGAAGUCGAGAGAGCGCUCCGUGUUCUGGAUGGAGCUGUCAUGAUUCUGUGUGCUGUCUCAGGUGUGCAGUCGCAGACGAUUACGGUCGAUCGCCAGAUGAGACGUUACAAUGUCCCUCGUAUCUCCUUUGUCAACAAGAUGGACCGUAUGGGUGCCAACCCGUUCAAGGCAGUUGACCAAAUCAACACCAAGCUCAAGAUCCCUGCCGCUGCUGUCCAAGUGCCCAUUGGCACCGAAGAUGAAUUUGAGGGCGUUGUGGACUUGAUUCGAAUGAAGACGCUCCGCAACGCAGGAGCUAGUGGUGAAGAGAUCGUCGAGACAGAUGAAAUCCCUGACAAGGUUAAGGAUUUGGCUAUCGAAAGGAGGAAGAUGCUCAUCGAGACCCUUGCUGAUGUCGAUGAUGAGAUGGCAGAGCUCUUCUUGGAAGAGGCUGAACCCACCGAGGCUCAAAUGAAGGCAGCAAUUCGACGAGCAACCAUUGGAUUGAAGUUUACUCCGGUUUUCAUGGGUACUGCGCUGGCCAACAAGUCCGUGCAGCCAAUGCUCGAUGGUGUUAUCGACUACCUGCCCAACCCCUCAGAGGUGCAAAACCUUGCUCUCGAUCAGAAGCGUGACGAGGCUCCUGUGAAGCUUGUGCCUUACAACGCUCUUCCAUUUGUUGGUCUCGCAUUCAAGCUGGAAGAGAGCAACUUUGGACAGUUGACAUACAUUCGAGUGUACCAAGGCACUCUCCGUAAGAGUUCCAACGUCUUCAAUGCCCGAAACAGCAAGAAGGUCAGGAUUCCCCGCAUCGUUCGCAUGCACUCCAAUGAGAUGGAGGACGUCAGCGAGGUUGGAGCCGGUGAAAUCUGUGCCGUCUUUGGUGUCGAAUGUGCUUCUGGUGACACCUUCACUGAUGGCCAGCUUGGCUACAGUAUGUCAUCCAUGUUCGUUCCUGAACCCGUCAUUUCGCUCUCCAUCAAGCCCAAGAACAACAAGGAUGCUGCCAACUUCUCUAAGGCCAUGGCACGUUUCCAGAGAGAAGACCCCACCUUCCGUGUGACGUACGACCAGGAGAGUGAGCAGACACUCAUCUCUGGAAUGGGUGAACUGCAUCUGGACAUCUACAUUGAGCGUAUGCGCCGCGAGUACCGGGUUGACUGUGAGACUGGUCCACCUCAGGUCGCAUACCGUGAGACCAUCGGCAACAGGGUCGACUUUGACCAUCUGCUCAAGAAGCAGUCGGGAGGUCCUGGUGACUAUGCCCGUGUUAUGGGUUGGAUGGAGCCUAGCGAAAAGCUCGAGGACAACACCUUCGAACAGCAGAUUGUUGGAGGUAGCAUUUCCGAGAAGUUCUUGUUUGCCUGUGAGAAGGGUUUCAACAUUGCUUGCGAAAAGGGCCCUCUAAUCGGCCACAAGGUUCUGGGUUCCAAGAUGGUUAUCAACGAUGGUGCUACCCACAUGACUGAUUCAUCUGAAAUGUCUUUCAAGAACGCCACUCAGCAGGCUUUCCGCAAGGCAUUCAUGGAGAGCAACCCCUCUGUUCUUGAGCCUCUGAUGAAGACCACUGUCACCGCCCCAUCCGAAUUCCAGGGUGACGUUAUUUCGCUUUUGAACAAGCGCAAUGCCACCAUCAAUGACACCGAGACUGGUGUUGACGAGUUCACUGUGUAUGCCGACUGCAGUUUGAAUGGCAUGUUUGGUUUCAGUACCCAUCUGCGUGCUGCCACCCAGGGUAAGGGUGAAUACACCAUGGAGUUCAGCCACUACGAGAAGGCACCACCGCAAUUACAGAAGGAACUCAUCGCGAAGUACCUGAAGGCCCAGGCCGACAGACACAAGAAAUAA